AUGUCACCUCCGGAAUGCUCUGAGUGCUUUGGUGACCGUCUUCUGCAUAGGACUUAUACCUGGCACCUCACAUAGCACUCACGGCAAAACAUUACAAGAGAUACCAGAUCUGAAAGCCUAGAAAUUCCAGUCAUUGUGAUUCUACCUCAGAGGGACACAGCUGAGCCCUUCCUGAGGCUCCACAACUUGUACCUGACCCCACGCUGUGCCAGGCAGGCCACCCUGCCCAGGCUGAGCCGCAGGGUGGUUAGCCAGCAUUCCUACCCACUGAAUCGCUUUUCCUCUGUGCCCUUGGACCCCAUGGAGCACCCCACCUCCCAGGCAGACCUUGAGCUGGAUUACAAUCCUCCCUGUGUGCAGCUCAGCGAUGAGAGGUUCGUCUUCCAGGACGGGAGGUGGCUGAGCGAAAACCGCCGCCUGCAAUCCUCCUCCUUCUUCCCCUCCUCCUUCCACCACGAGCUGCAGCACAAGAGGCUGGCCAGGGAGUUCCUGCUGCGGGAGGAGAACAAGGCCCUCCCUGAGGAGAACAAGACCCUCUGCCAGGAGAACAAGAUCCUGCAGAGCUUCUGGGAGGAGCACAAGACCACUCUGGGCUGGGAGGAGAGCAGAGCCUCCUCGCUGCCGCUGCCCAAGGACAGCACGUCCCUGGAGGUGAUGAAGAAGGACGCGGCCCUGCAGAUGCACCGCAGCAAGGAGGACGGCACCCUUCAGCUCCUCAGGGAGGAGAACUGUGCCCUGCAGCAGCUGCUGGAGCAGAAGGCCUACUGGGCCCAGGUGGAGAAGACAGCCCCUGCUGAGGGGGACAGGUGGGCCCCCCUGCUCCAUGAGGAGCCCCACAGCCCCAGGCUGCUGCCGGACCAGGGCCCAGGUGAGCAGCCAAAGCCCUCGGACCUGCAGGAGGACCCCAGGACGCUCCGUGCCCUGCAUGAGAUGGUCAACAACCUGUCUUCGUCUUCCAGGCAGGAGGAAAGCAGAGGCGGCCCCAGCCUGCCUGACGGGGGCCAGUCGCUGGAGCUGCUGAGAGAGAUGAACCAGGUGAGGCAGGCCCUGCAGGCCCUGCAAGAGGAGAACCAGAACUUGCAGGCCCCGAGGGAGAAGAACCAGCUCCUGCAGGAGGAGAACAGGGCCCUGCACGUGCUGCAUGAGGAGCACAGGGCCUUCCAGGAGAGCAGGGCCCUGUGGGAGAACAACACACUGAAGCUGCAGCAGAGGCUGGUCAUCGACACAGUGACAGAGGUCCCCACCAGGAUGCAACUGCCGGCCAGGAGCAAGGAGCCCAAAAAGCCCAGCAGGGUCUGA